UCUCAUCUUCUACACUACUUAGCCAUCUCAAUAUACCAUGACUUCUCAAGUCUUCACUGGCUUACAGUCCUACUGGCGCCGGAAAACUUAUCAAAAGCUCGAAAACUCUUCGUACUCUUCGAAGAAGAAGCUACCUGUAAUUAUACUCGGCGAAGGCCGGCAUCGGUGUUGGAAGUUGAAGACGGUGUCUCGAAGAGUUUGUAGACUGAGAUUGAAGGUUGUUUCUCCUGUCAAACUGUUUCUCAGGCUAAGGGAUGCUUAUGUUAAUGCCAUGCUAGUUUUAGCUGGUGAGAAAAAGAGCCCAACUGCACCAUUGACAGCAGCAGCAGCAGCAAAGAAGAAGAAGAAAACUAAUAGUGUUUAUCAGGUCUUUAAGAUUAGUAAGUCUUGUACUGAGUUUGAGAGAAGGAUGAUGAUUCAUAUCUAUAGUCAUCUUGUGGCUCCAAGUUAAUUAUUAGAUAUAUAUAUAGUGAUUGUAAUAAGUUUGAUGAACUGUAAAUAAGUUAAUUUUGUUUCCUUGUUUGUUUAAGUGUAUGGAUAUAUUGUAUGAUUAUCAAGAAAGCAAAUUAAAUGGUAAAUUGAGU